AAUUAUUUACAUGGUGUCAAACGCUUAGGUGAACCUAUAAUUAUGGCUGGUGAUGACCCACCACCACCGCCCUCUAAAAUAGGCCCAACCUCACCUUUCUACCUUGGAACUCAAGAUCGUCCCGGGGAUUUUAUUACCCCAACUUGCAUAAAGGGAGAAGAUUACAAUGAAUGGGCAGAUGAUAUUCAACUCGCAUUGGAGGCUCGCCGAAAGUUCGGUUUUCUUGAUGGUUCUAUUAACUCCCUUAUUCCUCCUUGCACUCAAUCGGAUUGGAAUACAAUCCAGGCUAUGCUCAUAUCGUGGAUUAUGAAUACAAUUGAUCCCGAAAUUAAGUGCACCUUGUCCAAAUACAGAGAUGUGAAGCGGCUUUGGGACACUCUUAAGACUCGAUUUGCCUUGGUUAAUGGCCCUCGCAUUCAACAAAUCAAAUCUUCAAUUGCCAAAUGUGAGCAAACGAAGGAUAUGUCGAUUGCGACUUACUUUGGGAAACUGUCCACUCUGUGGGAAGAGCUCAAUCAUCAUGAACCUUUGAUUACUUGUACUUGUUGUUCGGCUUGUACAGCGGGUCAACAACAUGAAAAACGCAAGGAGGCUUCUCGACUUCAUCAAUUUUUGAUGGGUCUUUAUUCAGAUUACUAUGCUCCGCUUCGAACAAAUAUUUAGUCUCAAGAUCCCUUGCCAACCCUUGAUCGUGCCUUUCAAUUGGUUGUGCAAGAUGAGCAUGUUCGUCAAGCUAAAUUAGUCCUAGAAGAGCAUCCACCAAAUGCGGUGGGUUUUGCACUCCGUACUGUUGUCGGGAGUAGAAAAUCAACUGACUCGGAUGAAAGACCUUCGAAGGAAGACAAAUCUCACUUGCAUUGUAUGUAUUGCAAGAAAAAAAGCAUCUUGAAAAAGCAUAUUUUGAGAUAAUUGGCUACCCGGAUUGGUGGCCGAAUAAAUCAAAAGCAAACACAGGAGAUGCUGGCAAGACAUCUCAUGCAGGUGGCCAUGGAAGAGGAUCCGCACGAGCCAAUGCUACUGUGGCUAGUGCGACUCGUGGAGAAAACACUACUGCUAGUGCUACGGGAGGUUCCUCUAAGGAAUUCUCGGCUGAUCAAUGGAAAGCUCUUACGGGAUUCAUCGAUAACACCAAAAUUUCUGAUGAAUGUUUGACGGGACCGUUCGAGGGUGCUGAUUGGAACGAGUGUUAGGCGAGAUGGACUAUACUACUUUGACGGAGAGGCUUCAGUGCAACAUGUUUCAACACACGGAUCUUCUUUGGCUUUGGAAUUAUGGCACAAAAGAAUGGGUCAUCCGUCGGAAAGAGUAGUCAAACUUUUACCUCCUCUUAGUAAUUGUAAUGGUAGUUUAAAUAAAGCUUGCGAAGUUUGUUUUCGUGCUAAACACCCUAGAGACAAAUUUCUUUUAAGUAAGAAUAAAUCAUCACGUAUUUUUGAGAAGAUACAUUGUGAUUUGUGGGGAUCAUAUAAGCAUCCCUCUUCAUGUGGUGCUAGAUAUUUUCUUACUAUUUUGGACGAUUUUUCUCGUGCCGUUUGGAUUUAUUUGCUUGUUGAUAAAACUGAGGUGUUUCGUAUGUUUAUGUCAUUUGUUGCAUUGGUGGAUAGACAAUUUUCUCAAACAAUUAAAGUAUUUCAGAGUGAUAAUAGAAUUAAGUUUAAUUGUUUGCAUGAUUUUUUUAAUGCAUCGGGGAUU